AUGUCGCUACCCCGCGGCGUCGGCCUCGGCGUCGACGUCGGCCAACUGAUGCAGCAUCAGCAACAGCAGCAGCAGCAUCACGUGCUGCCGGCGGCGUUCUUCCUGCGCGCCAGCGCCGAGAGGUACCAGCGGACCCCCAAGUGCGCGCGAUGCCGCAACCACGGGGUCGUGUCCGCGCUCAAGGGCCACAAACGGUACUGCCGAUGGCGGGACUGCGUGUGCGCCAAGUGCACCCUCAUCGCCGAGAGGCAGCGCGUCAUGGCCGCACAGGUCGCGCUCAGACGGCAGCAGGCCCAGGAGGAGAGCGAGGCGCGCGAGUUGGGCCUGCAAUUGCAAUACAAUACCGGCAGCUGCACCACCGCCCCCGUUCUGCCGGCGGCCGCCGGCGCGACGCCAGCUGGUAGCCCGCCCCCGCACCCGGCGCACGUAGGCAGUCCGGCGGGCCUCGCGAUACCCGCGGCAGCCGCGGCCGCCGCCGCCGCCGCCGCCGCGCAUAUCCAGACGCUCCACCAACCGGAGUGCGGUCUUAUGCCGAGGAAGAGGUCCACCCAGGACGAGUACCGGCAACCCAAGGUCGAGAAGGGCGACGCCGUCGUCGUGGCCGGUGGUGGGAUCACCGGAUCGAAGCGAUCCAGGAUCUCCGAAAACACGACGGCAACGAUCCUGUCGACCAGCGACACCGGCAACGAGGACGACCGUGAUUCCGAUUCCGGCGGCGAGUUGCGAGCCGAUCGUUCAUUGGUGGUAUCAACGUCGUCGGGUAUGCCGGAGUCGGAGGCGGUCAGGAAGCGCAGCAGCAGCCUCAACGACUCCGAGGAGGGCAGCCCCGACCCGGGCUCGCAAAGCCCGACGCACACGCCGCCGCUGACCCCGGCUCUGACGCCGCAGCGGGAGGACACUCCGGCGCCGGAGAACCUCAGCCUACGCAAGAGCGGAAGCCCGCCGCAGACGCAGCAGACCCUGCAACCGGUGGAUCUGGUACAGCCUAGACCUAGUCCCCCGCUACCCUCGCUAGCUGCCGCGGCGACGGCAGUGCACUUUCCGCCGUACGCGCCUCUCUACGGGCCGACGGCGAGCUCGCUCUAUUGCUCGCCGGCGCUCUAUCAGCAUCAGCACCAUCACCACAUACCCGAGCCGCGAGAGAUUCAGAUGCAGAUGCAGAUGCAGAACAUCCAGCAGACCUGCGGGCUGCAGCAGCUGCAGCAGCAACAGCAGCAGCAGCAGCAGCAACGCUCGCCGGUGGACGUUCUGCUGCGCGUGUUCCCCGGAAGACGCCGCGCCGACGUCGAGGCGCUCCUCCAUCGUUGCAAAGGCGACGUGGUGUCCGCCAUGGAGGUGCUGGUCUGCGAGGACAGUCUGCAACCGAAGUCGGCGUUCUCGCCGCUGGCGGGCGCCCUGGCGUCGGCCGCCGCGGCCUCCGCCGCGUCCGUCUCUGCGGCGGCGUACGCGAGCCGCGCCGCGUACUGCACCACCCCGAUACCGUCUACGCGGCACCGCUUCCUGGCGGCGCCGUACACCGGCACCGGUUACCUGCCCACGGUCAUCAAGCCGCCUAACCAGAGCCUGCACGCCAACGGCACCGGCGACGCCUACCGGGAGACCAGCCCCGACGACGCCAGCGACAAGACCAGCUACUCCGAGUGACCUGACCCAGGUCACCACGCCGCCUGGUCGUACCCUCAGUAGUGCCCUAACGGGCGACGAUGUCUCGUUUCCUCGAGUUCGCGACGGCAACGCGACGAGGAGUAGCCGCUCACUCUCGACCCCUCGGUGCGUGCAGUUCGGCUGGUCAGCCAGAGAUCGUUCCCCGAAACGACGACGACGACGACGAUCCUCGCUCGACCUGUCUUUCGUCGUACGUACGAAGGGAGAUCGGUCUCGACGAUCGGUCGGCUCGGGAAGGUGGAGAGGUCACGCAUCGGUGAAAUCGGCGGCGCCUAUCGAGAAACUGGUUGCGACGGCAAGGCCAGCUGUGUGUGCUCGAUCGUCAGCUGAUCGUACCUUC